CAAAGUGUACUACUUCACCACCUGGAGUCUGUCGUUCGUUUCCUCAUCAAAGCCGCUUAGGAUUCAAACCCUAUCAUCAUCUCUGUUUCUCUCUCUCUCGAUCGAUCCAUUGAACUUUUUAGAGGCCUAUUAGGAUUCUAACCCAGAUUCAAAGAAUUGGUUUCUCCUGUCUUCCUCACUUUCGGACCCAAUUAGGAUCUGCGUUGCCAAAUUUUGCCCUUUUAGUUGGGUUUGCAACAAAUUCCAGCUUUUUUAAAUCUCUUGUUUCUUCUUUAGAUUUGGGCCAAAUAUUCUCUCGAUCUCGUGUUUUUAUUCUUUUCUAAUCUCUUGUUUCGUCUUUUAAUUGGGGCGAAAACAUAUUCUCUCAAACCCUAUUUUUGGGAAUUGGUAACUGGGUCGAUGGCUACGCCCAGUAACGGUGGAAUGUCGGACGAGGCUACUAAACAUUUUGACGUGACAUAUUCGUCGGAAUUGGUAAAUGGGUCGAUGGCUGCGCCCAGUAACGGUGGAAUAUCGGACGAGGCUACCGAACAUUACGACGUGACCUAUUUGUCGGAAUUGGUAAAUGGGUCGAUGGCUGCGCCCAGUAACGGUGGAAUAUCGGACGAGGCGACCGAACAUUUCGACGCGACCUAUUUGUCGGAAUUGGUAAAUGGGUCGAUGGCUGCGCCAAGUAACGGUGGAAUAUCGGACGAGGCUACCGAACAUUUCGACGCGACCUAUUUGUCGGAAUUGGUAAAUGGGUCGAUGGCUGCGCCCAGUAACGGUGGAAUAUCGGACGAGGCUAUCGAACAUUUCGACGUGACCUAUUUGUCGGAAUUGGUAACUGGGUCGAUGGCUGAGCCCAGUAACAAUGGAAUAUCGAAUGAGGCUAUUGAAGAUUUCGACGAGACCAUCUUCUUCAAUUUCCCUCCAUCGCCCUUGCAUAUCCGUACAUUGUCACCACCACGGCCUGUUCUACCCCGUACAUUGUCACCGCCACGGCCUGUUCUACCCUCGUCUAAUUCAAUGGUUAGCCAACCAAUGGAAAUUCCGCCACAAAUAGAACAGCAGGAGGACAACCUUGGCCCGUACGGUUUUUUCCAGCUGCUGAAACAGCAGUCUCAGUGGAUGAACUUGCUGCUGGCGCUGCUGGCACCGAUGCUGCUGCGGUUGCCACUGAUGCAUCUGCAGGGGCUGCUGCAGGGGGUGCUGCAGCUGCUGGCACCGAUGCUGCUGCGGUUGCCACCGAUGCAUCUGCAGGGGCUGCUGCAGUGGCUGCUGCAGGAGCUACACCAACCGCUGGUGUUUAGCUUGCUGGAACUGCAGCUGCUGCAGGUGCUGGAGCUGCAUGGGCUGAGGCAGGUGAAGAAGCAGCAGAAGUGGAUAUUGUCGCUGCCGAGCCACAUGCAGGAGCCGCUGCUGCAGCAGUGGGUGCUCUCGUUGUCGGAUCUGACACGAGGGACGCUGCAGCAGAUCCUGCCAUCUUUGAGUGAGGCCACGGUAGAUGAUGAAGUUGGAAUUGGGGGUGUGGGAACAGGGGGAGGUGAAAGGGAAAAGGGUGAAAAGGAAAAUGUUCAAUUGAGUUCUGGGUGGUUGGGAAAAAGGAAAAAGACGGCAAAAACUCCAGAAGGAGAAAGAGGCAGCAAGAAAACUACUGGAGGUAGAAUUGCAAUUCCUUUGGAAGGCAUCCCACAAACUAAGGAUGCUGCAAUGAACCUAAACGUUAGCCGAUCCACACAACUGAAUCCUGAUCCUGUGCCUUCUGAUCAAGCCUUAGCGGCUAAAAUUGACAUCAACAGUGUUGUUGUAAAGGAAAUUGUGCCACCGUUGUUUUUGCCAACAGCUCGACAAGGGAACUUAGAUGAGGAUUUUGGCAAUGGAGUUGAGGCAGUUGGAAUGGGGAGUGAGCGAACAGGGGAAAGGGAAACGGAAGAUGGUCAUUUAAACACCAGGGAUUUGGGAAAAGGGAAAAGGAUGAAAAUGACCCCAAGAGGAGAGAGAAGAAACAAGAAAACUACUGGAGUUAGAAUUGAAAUUCCUCUCGAAGAUAUCUUACAGACUAAGGAAAUGCUUCUUAUAGAUGCUGCAAAGCAUCUCAAAGUUAGCAUCGCUAAACUGAAAAGUUCUUGUCGGGAGUAUGGUAUCCACAGAUGGCCACCUCGCAAUGAACACAAAUUUAUUAGGCAAUCUCUCCCCAAUGAAACUCCCGCGGUUGUCGGUCAAAAGGGAAUCCCACAGUUGUCUUCUCAUACUGUGCCUUCUACUCAAGCCUUGAUGGCUACGGUUGACACAAAUAGUUUUUUUGAAAAGGAAAUUCUGCCGCCACAGUUUUUGCCUACAGCUCAACAAGAUAACCCUGAUGCGGGUUUGGGCAAUGAUGAAGAUGAAGCCAUUGGGACGGGGGUUGAGGGAACAGGGGAUGGUGUAAUAGUAGAGGCUCAGUUGAAUUCUGGGUGUUUAGGGAAAGGGAAAUUUAAGGAAAAGAGCCCAGGAGGAAAGAGAGGUAACAAAGGAACUACUGGAGUUAGAAUUGCGAUUGCAAAGGAAGAUAUAUUACAAACCAAGAGAAUGCGUCUUAAAGAUGCUGCAAAGCAUCUCCAAGUUAGCCGAUCAACGUUUAAGAGAGUUUGUCGGGAGUAUAAUAUCUACAGAUGGCCACCUCGCAAGGAACACGAGCUUAUUGGUCAAUCUCGUCCUAAUGAAUCUCCAACGGUUGUUGAUCAAGAGCAAAUCCCACAAUUGAAUUCCGAUACGUUGCUGCCUUCUAAUCAAGUCUCAGCUACUAUUGAUACAAAUAGUGUGAAGGUAAAGGUAAGGUGUGAAGAAGGAACAACAAUGUUUCGGUUGUCUUGUCCGUGGCUAAAGGAAGAGCUGGAACAAGUGAAAAAGAGGCUGUCAUUCGAGGUUGGAACUUAUAAUAUCGGUCAAUCUCGUCCUAAUGAAUCUCCUGCAGUUGUUGAUCAAGAGCAAAUCCCACAAUUGAAUUCCGAUACGUUGCUGCCAUCUAAUGAAGUCUCAGCUACUACUGAUACAAAUAGUGUGAAGGUAAAGGUAAGGUGUGAAGAAGGAACAAUUAUGUUUCGGUUGUCUUGUCCGUGGCGAAAGGAAGAGCUGGAACAACAAGUGAAAAAGAGGCUGUCAUUCGAGGCUGGAACUUAUAACAUCAAUUACAAAGACGAGGAUGAUGAUUUGAUGUUAAUAAAAUGCGAUGAAGAUUUAGAGGAAUGUAUCUCCAGUUCUAGCCGGCUGGGCACUCGUUCGAUUGAGCUAUUUCUUAUACCAAAGUAGCUCAUGAAUGUGGCGUUGACCAACUUUAAUCUUGGUACUUAAGCAUUUACCUUUCUUAGUAUUUACUGUAAAAGUGUUUGGUUGUACAGUCAAACUAUUUGUCCAAUACCUUUGUAUUUGAGUUGCUGUUGCUAUAGUCUGAAAAUUUAGUGCUUCA